UUUCGGAAAACGGUCCAAACCGAAAAUAGAAGUAAGUUUUAUUGAAACGGGGUUGUGUAUCGAAUAAAAAGAAUCACUCAAGAGUUAUUUUCCAUAGUGAAUAUGUAAACAGUGAACGUUGUUUAGGAAGAAAUGUCUGACACUUUGGUUGUCGCAGCAAUUGACUUUGGAACAACAUUUUCAACCUGGGGAUUUUCAUUUAAACAUGAAUUUGAUCUUGAUCCAACAAAGGUCACAGCAAAACAAUGGUCUGGAUUGGAGUCGACUAUAUCUUUAAAAGGACCAACAACAAUUUUGAUUAAUCCUGACGGGAAAACGAUUGAUAGUUUUGGUUUUGAUGCUGAAACGAAGUAUGCCGAACUUGCAGAAGAGAAUCAGCAUAAACAAUGGUAUUUCUUCAAGAGAUUCAAAAUGCAGCUGUUUGACAAAAUUGGACUUCAAAGAGAUUUUACUAUUGAAGAUGCCACUGGUAAAUCUCUGAAAGCAAGAACGGUGUUUUCCCUAUCUAUAAAAUACUUGAAGGAUGAUCUUAUGUACAUGACGAAGAGAAAAGUUCUUGACGAACACUUGAGAGAAGAUGAUAUAAAAUGGGUUUUGACAGUGCCAGCCAUAUGGAAUGACGUAGCAAAACAGUUCAUGCGAGAGCUGCAGAAAAAGGCAGGAAUUGACACUGAAAACUUGACAAUUGCACUUGAACCCGAGGCUGCAUCAUUGUAUUGCCGGCAUAUUCCCACAACAAGAAGUGACAACUCUCUUUCUCAACUAAGACCUGGAAAUACAUACCUCAUUCUAGAUGCAGGAGGUGGAACAGUUGACAUCACGGUUCACGAAAUCACUGAAAGUGGAAAUCUGAAAGAAAUUUAUAAAGCAAAUGGUGGUGACUGGGGUGGAACAAAGGUUGACGAAGCAUUUGAAGAUUUAAUUUCUGAAAUCACAGGCACGGGUGUAAUGGAAAAAUUCAAAGUGGACUAUAUGGAUGAGUACCUUGAUCUGAUGAGAGCUUUUGAAGUGAAGAAAAGGGAGACAAAGAAAGGAAAACAUGUAGCUUUCAAAAUACCCGUGUCACUUAUGAACUUGGUUGUAGACAUAACCGGCGAAAAACUUCAAAAUACAAUAUCGAAAUCUAAGCACGAGAAAAGCAUACGGCUAUCCGGUGAUAAAUUGAGGCUUGACCAUGACAUCAUAUAUGGAGUAUUUGAACAAUCUAUUGGUAGCAUAAUUGAUCACCUAAAUAAACUGUUUGAAGAUCCUGAAGUGGCAAACUGUGAGUCCAUACUUAUGGUUGGCGGUUAUUCCGAGUCUCCUUUGUUACAAGAAAGUAUCAAAGAAAACUUUCCAGACAAGAAAAUUAUCGUUCCAACAGAUGCAGGUUUAGCUGUUCUGAAAGGUGCUGUAAUAUAUGGUCAUAAUCCAACUUUGAUAGCACAAAGAGUUUGUAAGUAUACGUAUGGGAUUGAGACAACACACGAAAAAAAAUCUACAUGCAUACACCCUCAAACAGAAGUACGUUACUGGAACGGAAAGCCCCAUUGUGAUAAAAUGUUCACUACACAUGUCCGAACAGGAGAUAUUGUAAAUCUCGGGGAGGAGCUUAGAGAACAAAUUUACCAUCCAACAGAACCUUAUGAUACAAGAGUAAGCAUCACAAUAUACUGUACACAGAAACGUUAUCCAGACCUUGUGACGGAGACAGACUGCUAUAAACUUGGCAAUAUCGAUAUUCCAAUGCCAGAUACAACAGGCGGUUGUGAUCGACAAAUAGGUGUGUCUUUUCUCUUUGGUGGUACAGAAAUUGAGGUCAAGGCCAAUGAUAAAACGACCGGAUCACAGAAACGGAUAUCAGUAUCAUUUUGGGGAUAACUUCCAAUAUGCAAAGGAAUGCAAGGACUAACGUGGAUGAAAAAGGAAAUUCUUUAUUCUUUUAAACUUAAUAGUUAAGAUUUUCGAAAUGAAUUAUUAGCAUAAAGAAACACAUUUAAGAGGCUAAAUAUUCAAAGAUUUUCACUUUAGCUGCUUCUUUGAAUCAUUUGUUUGAAAACAUAUUUUUUCAUAAAGUGAUCAGUUCAAAAAAGAUGUAAAUUAUAUUUGCUAUAAGAUAUUUCCUAAUGCGAAAUGUAUCAUAGGUGUUUUACAUGCACUAGGUAAAACCUUUGACAUUCAAAUAGAGAAAAACAGAAACCCUAAAGAAAAUCCAACACGACAAAAAAGAAAACGUUGCAGGCUCGGUUUGAUUGAGCCUGUUCAUGGACGGUACUGGAAAGUGCAAGUAACCGGCACCGGCUUAAGCAGAAUUCAACAUUUAACACAAACAUGGUGAAAUUUCAAAACCUGUUUUUAUAUUUCGGGUUAAGAUCAUCGACAAUAAAUGUAUUCUUAUAUCUAAUCUAAGAAUUUAUAUAAUCAUUCUGUCUUAUUUGAAAAACAGUUUUAAUGCCAAUUUAAUUUAAUUUAUUUUAAUUAGCUAUAUAUAUUCAUUAGUUAGACAUUUCCUGGUAAAAAGGUAUUGUAACAGUCAUGCCGUCGUUCCCGUUGCCAUUGCCGUCCGCAAACUUUGACCUUGGUCAAAUAUCUGAAUUUUCUCGAGUUUUGUUAUUAAUGUCUAUAACUUUGAAGGUCAAAUUAUUGAAAGUUUCCUUUUUCCUUGGUGUAACUGGCUAUAAAUUUGUUAUUUAUUAUUGGAUUGACUUUAUAAUAAAAUGAGACCUUCAUGUAUAUCAAACUCAAAUUGACCUUGACUCAUUUAUGACUAUUGAUAUGAUUGUUUAAUGAUUUUUGCUUUCCUUGAUUGUGACUUGGUAAUUAAUAAAUGGGUUAUCUACAUAUUUGAAAAACAAAACAAAACCUUUUGGUCAGUACCUUGUUGAAAAUGUUGAACUGACAUUGACCUAGAUCUUUAAACAACCUUUACCAUCAAUGUCAAGUGAUCGAAUUUGGUCAAAUUUUCAUUGUUUUGUUAUUUAUGUAUGGAUUUUAUUUAUACGUAGACAAAACAAAAACUUUCUAGCUAACAAAGAAAUUGAAUAAUUCAGAUGUCAUCUUGGCCGUCAAGUUCAAAUUAUUGGAUUUUGGUUAAAUUGUCAUGAUUUUGUUAUUUUUGUACGGUUUCGAUUUAUACUUGGGCAAAACAAAACUUUCUACCAAACAUACCAAAUGAAUAAUUCAGAUGCCACACUGACCUUUAAUUGACGUUGACAGUGAAGGUCAAAUUACUGAAAUUCUUUUAUUUUAAUCUAUUGCAAUGGAAUUUGAACCAUGAGCACAGUUUGAGAUGCGACCUAGAUUUUGACAAUGUCACCUCUUUUUUCGACUUAAAUAUACAGCUAUGAAAUUUGGACUUUUAGAUGUAAAAUUAAACUUUGAUAUCAGCUGACCUAGCUAAUUGGACGAAGUCACCUACUUUCUUGUGCUUUGAUGUACAGUUAUGAAAUUUGGACAAUGUGCACAGUGACGACCUACUUUUUUCUUUUAUUUUGAUAUACAGCUUUGAAAUUUGAACCAUGUGCAUAUAGAUAACAAAACAAUAUGAUAUUGAUUCAUACUAGGACAAAUCAAUAAGUGUGACUAAACCUACCUAUUGAAAUUAAAUAAGGAAAAAAGCAUUUUUAUUUAUUUAAUUUUCUUUCCAGAGAAUUCUUUAAAUCUUUUAUGUGUUUGCUUUUAGAAAAAAGUAAUAAAGUCGAAGAUUAGCCCUCGCCCAGCGAUGGCUCUUGUUUAUACUUUUAAUAUAAACACUAUUUAAUUGUUUUUGUUGAAAUUAACCGCUUUUUAUAUCAGUUUUUAUUUAUUUUACAAGAAUCUGUACUAGGGUGUCGCCAUUUAGACGUCUUUUUCAUACACUUGCGAGACUGGCGAGACCAAGACUGUGUAAUCUCAUACACCAUUGUAUGAGCGGAUCCUGAGGUACAUAAACAUUUGAUAUAAGUUAUAUGAAUUUGUUUAUCUUAUAAUAUUGAUCAGAUACGCAUUAACAUACGUAUAUCUUUUAAUUUAUUCUACAAAACUGCAUUGACAGAUAUUUUUCACUAGGAAAAGUGGGAGUUUAAUCUAAGCAUCCUCGUGAUUUAUCACGGUACCCUUAACGGGCCUUUUGGGCGGAAAACACUUUUAUUACACCUUAAAUUGUAUUGUUAAGUCAGUCUUUUCAAUUUGUUGUAUUUAAUUGCAGAUGGCGAUAAAGAUAACCAUAGUUUGUAGAUAGAGAUUAAAGUUUAUAAAGCUAAACAUUUAUCUGAUGCAAAAAUUAUUAUUUGGAUUUACAUUACAAUAAUACUUCCAAAAUUUUGUAUGAAAUAAAAAAUAUGGCAAUACAUUGCCUUAAAGCGAGUGGUACAUGCAUAAAGUUAUUGCUAAACGUAUUCAACCCUACUUCAAAUAGCAGAAUAGUAUUUUGUUCCGGAACGUUUAUUCUGUUCACGUACAUUAUUCAUGUGUAUUAGAUAACAGAGACAGUCUAUGUUACAACUUUUCGGGAAUUAACCGUAUAACAAUGGAACCAGUAUAAUUUUACUAACGAUACAUUUUAUAACAAUAUUUCAUAAGAUAUAGAUUUAUACACUUUAAGUCUACCUUCUGAUCAGGGGUAUAUAUUCAGCUUUGAUGUAUAUUGUUGUCUAUUCCAUAUUAUAAAUAUAUACAGUAAUUAGAUAUGUUUGUUAUUAAAAAAAGUAGUAGUAUGUAGUAUCCACGAGCUUUGCAAAGUUGUGCAAAUGUUAACAAAACAUUCAGUAUGAUGUAACAAUAUAGUAUCUUUAUAACUAUCAUCAUUUUUUAUUUUAAAUAUCAUUAUAUUAGUAUUUUGUAGUAAUUCUUAAAAUAAUUAUGUUUUUUUAUUCUUGUUAUAAGUAAUGAUUGCUCUGCUGUUUUCGCCGUUCUCUUGAACUGUGAUAGGCCGUUUGUUGUGAUUUUAUAGAUUGUAGUGAUUUUUAAUUUGGUUUGGAAAUAAACGUUUUUCUUCUU